AAAUGCAGUAAGGUGAGUUAUUUCUGUUUUCUAACUUUUAAUCUCAGUUCAGCAUGCAGAUUGAUUUAAUCAUUGCUCCAACGAACAACCCAAUUUGCUGUUCGUAUCCAAGAUCGGAAUGACAUGCUUGUGUGUUGCUAAAUCGGAACUGUGUAUUACGAAACCUCUGAUGUGCUUUGCUAUCAGAUCUGCCUGAAACAGCUUUUUUUAAUUCCAGUUGAUUCCCGAAGCGCAUCAUGCGCCUUUCCCGCUGUCUAUCCUUGGUAAAUCGGAAAUUCUGCAUGAGAUGGAGAGACUUCCGUCAUUAGAGCGACGCAUCGCAUGUGAUUGUCUGCUGCCAUUCCAUGGAACCCAACCGACGUUCAUCCUCGCCGUAUGGCGAAGACGCCGCUGUACUGUCGGGUGGGGAUGGUAAAGAUUAUAGUUCACUGCAGCUGCAGCCGCGUGGACGCAGCGCACUCACCACGCCAACCGUCCAGGACUCACUGGUGCCCGUUCAUCCCGCCAUCUCCCGACCCGCUUCCCACACCACGACCUCCACCAACCCGGCGCGAUCCCGCUCCUGCAUGACGGUGCCGUAUGAUCUGCAGAGCCUGCUGCUGCGCAUGGCCGCCUGCCACACGGUCUUUGCCGUGGUGUCCACGCUCCAGUGGGCCACAGUCGGUACCACUUACGCCGCCAUGGGAUUUUCCGUAUGGGAAUGGCUAAGCGGGUUCGUUAUCUUCUGGGCCGGUUCGGCACGCACGACAUUAGCCAGCAUGGAUUAUGGUCGAAAUGUGGCACUGGGGAAGAUCGGUCGAUGCAUCAUAACCACGUUUACUGUGAUGGCGGCCAUGGCGGCGUUUCUGGCCUUUGCCAUGUUCUGGAACGGCGUAUACAGUGUCGCCAAAAUUCUGUCCCCGGAAGUGGCCAGAUUUAUUCUGGACAACACCGAAGAAUCGGAAUACCAUUCUGUUACAGUCUGGCUAGUUAUCAUCGGUGUGCUCAAUAUCAUUUUAGGCACUGUAGCCGUGCCGUUGCAAGUUUAUUUUACCCUACGAUUUCGUGCGAUACUGGCUUGAUAUUAAAA